GUGAAUUGAUAAGGGAGCUUUUGUUCCUGGGGUUACUCUGCUGUGAAUGUGUACGCUGUUUCCAAAUUAUGAAUUAGACAAGUUCUAGCUAUUAACCAUUGGAAGAACUAGAAUUCUGCAGAAUGCCAAUUCAACAGCAAGGAGCCAGUUUCCGGAUAUGUCCAAGGUUUGAUCCUUAUGCAAAGUUGUUCGCCAGAGUUCCGCUGAAGGGGAGGCUGGUAAACUAGAGCAAUAUGUCUGUCAGCUGGGAGGCAAGGCCUUGUGCCAAACAACAACAUGAGGGAGAAGAGGAGGAUCCGCAAAACAAAGACCAGGACGUGAAGGAAGAUAAUGCCAGAUCAGAAGACUUAAAGUGCCUUUUCGGGGCAGAGGCUAUGAGUGACCAAGGCACUGAGAUCAAACCACUAGAGGAGGAAACAUGGUUCUACAAAGGAUUGAGUGGCAAAGAGGCAGAAAGAAUAAUUCUCGAACCAGAAAACAAAGAGGGAUCUUUCCUGAUCAGAGAAAGCCAAUCGAGGAAAGGUUGCUAUGCUUUACUGGUGAAGCACUGGGAUCCCAAGCUGGAUUUUAGAGUCAUGUCCUACAAAGUAUCAACCAGCCCCAGUGGCUAUUACAUCAAUCCACGGGUCAAGUUUAUCAGCCUACCAGAGCUAGUCAAGUAUUACCACAGAAAUGUGGAUGGUCUGUGCCAAAAGCUAGCAAGUCCCCCACUCAGAAAGUCUCAAAGUAUUUCAGAAAUGGAUGGCUUUGAGAUUCCAAGGAGAUAUGUAACUCUGGAAGGUAAACCGGAUGUUGGACAUUUCACAGAAGGCAGGAUGAGGUUGAAUUGCAGCAAUGUCAGAGUGUUGGUGAAGGUGCAGAGUGUGGAGGAGAUUCCGGACAAAGCCUUUCUCAGGGAGGUCAGCAUUCGUAAAGCUCUUCAACAUAACCAACUGGUCCAGCUGCUUGCGGUGAUAACACGAUCACAGCCCAUGCUCAUCAUCACUGAAUUCAUGAGCCAAGGGAAUCUGAACAGUUAUUUGAGGAGUGACCUUGGUAGGCAGUUAGAACUGGUGCUACUGAUCGACUUUGCUGUACAGGUUUUGGAUGGAAUGCUUUACAUGGAAGAGAAUGGGUAUGUGCACAGGGACUUGAGAUCCGCAAACAUUCUUCUAACUGGUAACCUGGUGUGCAAAAUUGGAGAUUUCAGCCUCGCUCAGAAACUGAAAGAACAGAGAUACAUCGUCCUGCAAGAUGAAAAGGUUGCAGUUAAAUGGACUGCACCUGAAGUCUUCAGAGAGGAAAUACACACCACAAAAUCUGACAUCUGGUCCUUUGGGAUUUUCUUGAUGGAACUGGUCACUUUUGGACAGACACCAUAUCCAGGUCUAAGCUUUGCACAAACUGUCCACUUUUUGGAGAGUGGACUUCGCAUGCAGCGCCCUGUAGGGUGCCCAGAGAAGUUGUAUCAUGUCAUGUUGAUGUGCUGGGAGGAGGAUCCCUGCAGUCGGCCAUCAUUUCAACUACUGCGUGACCUGCUGCAAAACCUCUGACUGUUCCUUUGCUGUGCUAACCUUUUCAGCCCUUGUUUUGUUAUCCAGAGUGUGCUGUUGUUCGCUGCACUGACUACAUCUGAUAAAUUAAACCAGAAUGAAUUAUCCUAAAUGAAUUGUGGCAGGAAGACUAAAAUGUCAAAGCCAGUGCCUUGAUUAAAAUCAGUUUAAAGUGUCAAGUGGGAAAGGUGACUGAGAAUGUCUUCUAGUUUUUAACAGAGAGCUAAGGAAUAAGUUGUAAUCCGAAAACACACACCUCUUCACUUUAUCACCCUUGCUUUCUUGAAUGCAGCAGUUCUCUCCCUGCUGGAGUUUCAUGUUGCAAUGGCACAAUGAGCAGUACCAGCUCAGAUACACAACAGUCUAGUCGCCCUUACCAUUGUCUAGGUGUCAUGGAAACACACCAUACAGAAUCACUGAAACAAUGCAAUUACCCUCACCAUCCUUCUGCUCACUCUAAAUGCAGUUUUCUGCAUUGGACUAAAAAGGCGAUAUGUUCUUCGGGUAGGUCAUGUUUAACUAAUUUGGUGGAAUUCUUUGAGAACAUGACUUGCAUGGUGGACAGUGGGGAGCCUGUGGAUGUGGUGUACCUGGAUUUUCAGAAGGCAUUUGACAAGGUGUCACACCAAAGGCUGCAACAUAAGAUAAAGGUGCACAGAAUUACAGGUAAUGUAUUGGCAUGGAUAGGCGAUUGGUCGACUAGUAGAAAGCAAAGAGUAGGGUAAAUGGUGAUCAGAGAUGAUGGGAACUGCAGAUGCUGGAGAAUCCAAGAUAAUAAAGUGUGGAGCUGGAUGAACACAGCAGG